GCGCCGUGGCGCAGUAACCAGGGGCCGCAGGGGCCUCGUUGCCUCGCGCAGGCUGCGCCUUUUAGGUGACGGCGCGCUGUGUAACAUGAGUCGCAGUACAAACCGUGCGCCGGCUCCGGACGCCAGUCCAGACGCUGUUCGCCAAUGAGCGAGAGGAGGCGCAUGAUGGAUCCCGUCCCACUGCUGCUCAUCAUAGUCGCAUCUGCACCACUUUGCUGGGCAGUCUACAGCGGGCCCCUGCAGCCGGAGAUCUCCAACGGCACCUUCCACCACUUCUUCGUCCCCGAUGGAGACUACGACGAGACAGAGGACCCAGAAGUGUGCCAGAUGCUGUUCAAGUUCUCGGAUGCGCAUCCGUGCGGGGCCUCUGAGGAGAGCGACGCCGCGGUGCGGGACGACUUCGUCAUAACCAAGCUGCAGGCGGAGGACGCGGCGCGGCUGCUGGAGAGCGUCGGCCGCGCGGUAGCGCACGACCUGGACGGGGAGGACAGCUACGGCACGUUCCUCCAGAGGGAGGUGGCCCAGAUCGGCGAGGCCUUCUCGGGCGUGGACAAGUCCCUGCUGGAGCUGGAGGUGAAGUUCAAGCAGAGUCAGGAGACGGAGCUGAGAGAGGAGCAGCAGCUGAACGGCUACGCGGUGAAGCAAGUGAGCGACAUCCGGAGCGCGCUGAGGGAGACGACGGACGUCUCUCUGGGACUCAAAGAUAAACACGAGCUGCUGUAUCUCAUCAUUCGCAGCCACGGGACGAGGCUGAGCCGCCUGAAGACGGAGUUCCUCAAUGCCGGGUUAUAAUGGUGAGACAGACGGGACGCUCCGGUUCAACCAGCGACUGGAAAGUUCAUUGUGACUUAUGAUUGCGCGUCCUAACCUUUUGUUUUGAGCAUUCCUUGGACCCGUGUCAUAACAGGGAGUAUUAACGAGAACAUCCACGCAUUCCUCUGAGUCAGGAGGGAAAAAGGAAACGUGAACAUAAAUUACUGAAUGUCUGCGAGAAACCCUCUCUGUGCCACUUCUGAGGAAGAAUUUCAUCCAGCAGAGAGCGACUAUGAAAAUAAAAACACUCCAGUUGGAUUUACUGGCCUCUGGAUCAAUAAAACUCAAUUUCCUGUCUAAGUUAUGAUGUUAAUGGUUUUGAGUUAUUAUAACUCUUCAAAUAAAUAUCUAACAUGUG